AUGUUGUCGGAAUGCUUUGCUCUAUCAUGGCAGCAGCCCGAUGAACACAUGAAGUACAUGGAAAUGAUAUGCACUGCUUGCAUCAAACGGUUGCGAGAUGCGUUCGCUUUUAGAAGAGAAGUGCUGGUGAGUGCGGAGGUGCUGCGAGAGCAUCAGGAGGAAAUGUAUUUCUGCACCACAGUCAAAGUUGAGCAGCAUCUAGAACAAGAAAAGGAGGUAGAGUUUGAGGAUGUGGAAUAUUUAGAGAUCUAUGAAGGAACCAACAAAGAGGACUCGAAAGAAGAGGUCAAUGAUAACUUGCAGAUACCAUGCAAAGAAGAAACUGGGAGUGUUAAAAGAAAGUGGCCAAAGAAACUGCCGAAAGAGGACAGGAACAAAACCUACAAACAGUACACAGCAAGGGAGCUGAAAAUGGCUAUUGAUGCAGUACUGAGCAACAAACUUUCCCGUAAAAGUGCCUCCGAGUUGUACAGGGUGCCAAGGAAGACCCUCAAUGCUAAAUUGCAUAGCAGCAUUGCAAACAAGCAAGAAGCCGACGAUGAGGCAGUCAAACUGAUGGAGCAGGAUAAACACUACAAGCUGGUGGAGGAGAUCAAAACAAUCCUCACCUACACCAACGCUGUCCCCUACAAGACGAAGACCUCCCGGUACUACUGCGCAUACUGCUCGACCGACGGGCCCUACUUCGAGGACCCCGACGACCUGCGAACGCACACCAGAACCCAACACCUGGACGAGCGCACCAAGAGCAUCGACCAGAUAAUGCGACCGCAGUGGCUGAACGAGGUACUCAAGCUGGACAUACAGAGCCUCCACUGCACCGUCUGCUGCAUUAUACUGCCGCAAUGGAACGACAUGUUCAGGCACCUGGAAACCGAGCACCAGAUAUUCUUGGACGAGGCGUACAACAAAGUCAUACCUUACAUCCUCCAGAGGGAGCUCUGCUGUGCACUAUGCGGGGAUUCGUUCCCCAACUAUCACAGCUUGGACGGCCAUAUGAACGCGCACUACAGCAGCUACAUCUGUUACGAGUGCGGGGAUACCUUCUUGGCGGCCAGCCGUCUGAACAAGCACGUGGAAGUUCACAACGUCGGCAGGUACCCUUGCGACGGCUGCGGCAAGGUGUUCAAAUUGAGGAAGUACAUGAAGAAACACUACGACUUGGUCCACGGGUCCGAACAGAAAAUCCGGUGCCUGUACUGCCCAGAGCGGUUCUUCGGCACGUUCCAGCGGCACCAGCACGUGCUGGACUCCCACCCUGAGCGCGUGAAGGUGAUCGCCUGCGAGAUAUGCGGGAAAACCUUCGACUGGAAGCCGUAUUACACUGCCCAUAUGAGGAGGAUACACGGCACGGAGAAGAAUUACAGGUGCAAGAUAUGCGACAAGACCUUCCUCAUGAAUUACGAGUUGAGGAACCAUCAAAUCAAGCAUGUUAAAGAGAAGAAUGUUGAAUGUGAAUUGUGCAGUGAACGGUUCAAGACAAAAUCUGCCCUAAUCCGUCACACCCGUCUGUAUCACGACAGGGAUUUGUCUGUGAGGAUGAAAGAAAUAGUUUCUGAAGCA